AUGAUAGGACUACAGGUGGAUUUUCAACCCAGGGUAAGAAGUAUUGGGAUCCAGUUUAAUAGCAGAGAUGAUGUGAGGGAACAUCCUGUGAUCACCCCAUACCCUGUCCAGAUGCAUGAGUCCUCCAGCAGCGAGGAGUCAGAGGACCAGACAGACACAGAUUCCACAUCCGUUUAUGAGCCGUCCAGUGCUAGCUCAGAUGACUCUCAUCUAACAGAUACACAUCAUGAAGACUGUAUUCCAGUGGAGGAAAAGAAAUUUAUUGUCUCUGCAUCAAAGCUGUUGGAGUUACUCAACACCUGCAAGAGAUGCAACAUAUUCGCCACAGCUUCCAUUCAACAAGUAGUUGGUAUGAUGGUAAAGAUCGCUGUAGAGUGCGAGUUUUGUUCAUUUAAAUGGCAGUGGUGCAGUCAGCCCUACAUUGGAUCCAUUCCUGCUGGUAACAUUGGCUUGUCUUCAAGCAUUAUCUUUUCGGUUGCCCUGACUACAAAGGUUCUACGUGUCCUACAGUGCAUGGGUGUUGCUACCAUCAGUAGUAGAACCUUUGCAACCCAUCAGUCAAUUCCUGCAAUCCCUCAUGUUUGGGACAAGAAUCAACAGGAUUACCUGAGACAACCCCUUGUUAUAGGAGACGAUGGCCGUGCUGACUCCCCUGGUCACUGUGCCAAGUUUGGAUCGUACAUUACCUUUGACCUUGAGGAAGGUGUCGUUAUUAAUAUCAAGCUAGUGCAGGUAAAUUAA